CUAAAUCCACAACAGUAAAAUCAGUCUGUAUAUGCAGUAAAGCAUGCUUGCUAUACUCACUGUGGAACUUAAGGAGUUAAUCCUCUAAAUUGUGUAACAAGGAUGUUAGAUCCUGUGUUCUCUGAUCCUCCCCUUCUUCCAGUGUCCCAGUCCACACUGAUAAGACAGACUGAACCCGUAGCCUUUCUGCACAUACUCAGUUUAGUGUGUAGUGCUAGAGAAGUUUUGUUUUGCUUGGGAGAGUGCAUGUGAUCAGCACAGGGUCAAUCAGCACUGUCCAGACAGAGGUCAGGGGUUUUGCAUCC